UCUUUCCCCUUAGGACGCCGUGUGAUCCGCACCGAAGUCUCACUCCCACUCGCGCACUCUCGGCAUGCACGACCCUGGCCUCUCCGCCCGCGCCGCCGGCGCGUCUUCUUCCUCCGCGCCCUACGCCGGCGCCUCCGCCGCCGCCGCUGGGGACGAGGAAGACAAGUCCAAGAACCGGAAGGCGCACCCCGCCUACGCCCGCCUCCACUCCUCCCACCGUGCCGCCGUCUCCCUGCUACUCCUCCUCAUCGUCGCCAUCGCCACCUUCCUCGCGGGCCGCGCCCGGCCGAGCAUCGACUGCGCGCUGCGGCGCCUCGAUGCGCGCUUCCUCGCCCCCCCAGAUGCCGCCGCUGCCUCCGACUUUGGCUCCCUCGGCGUCCCCUGGUGCAGAUCAAAAACAGGGAAGACGGGAUGGACUUCCAAAGACCUACUUAAUGGAUUGGAAGAAUUUGUGCCAAUAUACGAGACACGUCCUAUCAAGAAUAACAUGUAUGGAAUGCGAUUUGACCACAGCUUUGGGCUUUGGUUUAUGGCUCGCUGGCUUAAGCCGGAUCUUAUGAUUGAGAGUGGUGCUUUCAAGGGGCACUCAACUUGGGUUUUGCGGCAGGCCAUGCCAAAUACUAGGAUUAUAUCACUCUCUCCUAGGCACCCUGAGAAAUAUCUGAAGAAGGGGCCAGCAUAUGUUGAUGGGAACUGUAUUUAUCUUGCUGGGAAGGAUUUCAUUGAUUUCGGAAGUGUUGAUUGGGCAAAACUAUUGAGAAAUCAUGGUAUUUCUGAUCCCAGUAAGGUGCUUGUUUUUUUUGAUGACCACCAAAGUGAGUUGAAAAGGUUAAAGCAGGCACUCAAAGCUGGAUUCCGACAUCUUAUAUUUGAGGACAACUAUGAUACUGGUACAGGCGACCAUUAUUCCUUGAGGCAGAUCUGUGAUCAAUCAUACAUCAGAGGUCUCUGGCUUCCGAUCUUAGAUUCAGAAUGUCCAAGAUACAACAAAUGCUGCAUGUGCAUUUUAUUUAAUGGUGGUGGACAUAGCUGCUUUUGGGAUAGUGAUGAAGCAAGAUUAAGAUCGAAACGGAAAAAGUUUUGGGAUAAGGCUGUGCAGAUAGACGAUCUAUGUGGAGAGGAUGAUGCAUGGUGGGGUGUUAGAGGUUACAUGCGAGACAAUUUCAACCAUAGCAACAAGGCCAUCUCAUACAAAGAGCAUUUCCAGAACAGUAGGCUUGUUGAAUCUGUAAUGGAUUUGUAUUGGGAGCUUCCACCUGUUGCUGGUCCAUCCUUAACACAUCAAACAAGGUAUGACCCAGCACGUGCAACUGACCCUAUCAUCGAAGACGGUCGCUAUGGCUUGUUUCGAAGAACCGGUCUAGCAAGAUUAGAUGCAUCAGUGUUCAACGGUUACACUCAGAUGGCAUAUGUUCAGAUAUCAGGCUCAAUGUUGAGCACAGAUGACGUCUAAAGAUUUUGCCCAGUGGGCUUAUUUUCUUCUUGAUACGCUAACUGAACAGCCGUUCGUUGAUAAACUUAUAACCCUGGCGUGCGGUCA